GAAGUUAAAAUCAAGGCCACGAAAUGUAAACUGUCAAUAUCAGUUGAUUUGGACAAAUUUUGACGAAAAUGAUUGUUUAGAUAAAAAAUUACUAUUAAAUCACAAGCUUCAGAUAUGUGUCUAAUCAGAUUUUAUUACAAUUUGAAUUGUUAUCAAAAAUAUUUACGGUAAAUAAAAAAGGUAAUUAAUAAUAGUUGUAUAUUAUAGAUAUCGAUUGUCGAGUUUGAAGCAUCAAAGUAAAUUGAAGAAAAUUAUAAAAUGGGUGCAAACAGCAGCAAGAAAUUAGCGGCGAAAUGUCCGUUUUUAUCCAAAGACGAACAACUUAUUGUUAGUAAUUCUUUUAAACUCGCUAGUAAAAAUUCCGAAAAGAUCAAAGAAGAAGAACUAACUAAAAUAUGGGGAAGUCAGGUAGAUCCAAGAUUAUUACAAUAUUUGAAUAAUUAUUUAUUCGGUAUAGGUGAACAUCGACAAACUACAGUUGAAUUAGAAAAAUUCGCCGAGUUAUUUGUAUUCUGUACGAGAGGUACAGUCGAUGAAAAAGUGAAAGUGUUGUUAACUUCACUAGGCAAUAGUGAAACCGAAAAUAGUGACAUACCUUAUAUGUUAGUCAAAGAGUAUGUCGAAAGCAUAGUGGCGUCUUAUAUGAAAAUCCAAAAAUUAAGUAACAAUAAACAGUACAAAACAUGGUUUUCUAAAGGUUGUUUCACCUUACCACAAAAUAUUCAACGUUUAGCAGAAAGUUUGACUCACGAAUUAACCACCGGUGAAAUUCUCAAUAGAAGAUCUCUAGAGAUAUGGUUACAAGGGGCUACAUUAUUGGGUCAACUGUUAUUAUAUGUGUCCAUGUAUUUAUUCAGUAUCACCCAUAAGGAAAAAGGAGGAGUUGCCAGCGAAAAACCAGGAUCAUCAUUGCCGACCGAAGAACACGAUGGCGCCGUAGAAAAGGAAAAAGAUCGAAGUUUGGUGCCGUUCUGUCGCGGUUUGGAUCUAAUGCCUUCUUAUCCAAGUAUAUUGGAUCUCAACCAAAUAAUUUUCAUAAACGCGCAUUUACCUCAACAAUAUCAACUCGAAUGGCGGUUCCUUUUCAGUUCUCAAAUACACGGAGAAUCGUUUUCAACUCUAAUAGGUAGAAUAGUGAAUCAGGGACCAUCCAUACUCGUAGUUGAAGAUUCAAACGGUUACACGUUCGGUGGAUUUGCCCCGGCGAAUUGGGAAUUGAACGCGAAAUUCUUCGGCGACGAUAGCAGUUUUCUAUUCACUUUAGCGCCUCGUAUGAGGGUAUUCUCAUCUACAGGGUACAACCAAAAUUUCCAAUAUCUAAAUUUGCAUCAACAAACGUUGCCAAAUGGGAUGGCGAUGGGAGGUCAGCAUGGUUAUUGGGGUCUUUGGUUUGACAGCGAAUACGGUAAAGGUCAGAGCAGUCCGUCGUGUACGACUUACAGGGAUUACCAGCAGCUUUCCCAUACUAAAGAAUUCACUUUUAGACAUAUGGAAGUGUGGGGUAUCGGUCAACCGCCGCCUACGCCUCAAGAAAAAGGGGAACGGGUCGGCGGCGGUAUGAGUAUACUCGACGGGAAUGCGGAGAGUAAGGCUAUGCUCAAAAUGGCGGGUAAACAAAUGCACAGUGAAGGAUUGAAGGAACCGCCGCCGGAAUAAGUGGGGAAAAUUAAGCCUUUUUGAGAUAAAAAGAUUGAUUUAAUUGAAUUAAAUUCUAUAUUUAUUUAUUUAUUUAUUUCAGUAAAUAAUCGGUUUAAAAAAUGGAAAUGAAUAGUGAAAAAAUAUCGUUCUAUUUGAUUAAAUGAAAAAAAUUAUUUAUUGUCUUUUUUUACCAAAAAAUGCUGCGAUUUAUUGAAAUUUUUGGGUUCAAAAUGUAUGAAAAAAAUUUUCGUUUUUUGAUUUUAAUAUUUUUGAGCGAAAUUUUUAACAAAAUCGUUAUUUUUCUAAACAAUUAGUUUUUUCCCAAAAUCUUAUCAAAUUUUUCGAAAAUGCAGUUUUUAGACAAAAAAAUUAUUCAAAUAUUUUUUUUCACAAAAAAGUGUGAAGAAACAGUUUUUUCAUUUUUAUUUUCUUUUGAGAAAUUUGUUUCAAUAUUUGGAAAAUAUGGAAUCUGUGUUUUUUACAACAGAAUUAUUUGUUAAAAAUUUAAGACAAUAAAAUUGUAAAAUAAUUAAAAAACUAUAUGAAUAAAAUUAAUUUUAGGUUUAUUUCUAUUAAAUCAUUUAGUUAAAAGUGUAUUUGAUUUUUUUCAAAAAACGCUGAAUUUUUAAUUUUUUACGUCGAAAAAUAUUUGAAACAGAAAAAUUCGAAAAAAUUGGGCAAAAAUUUUUUUUCAAAUUUUUUUCACAAAACUUUUUUUUCAGUUUCAACUAUUUGGUCAAAAGUGUAUUUUAUUUUUUUCGAAAAACGCUCAAUUUUUUAUUUUUUUACAUCAAAAAAUAUUUAAAACAAAAAAAAUGUGCAAAAAUUGUUUUUUUUUUAAUUUUUUCUCACAAAAACUGUUUUUUCCAUUUUCAACUAUUUGGUUGAAAAUGUAUUUCAUUUUUUUCGAAAUACGCUAAAUUGUUUAAGAGAAUCUGCAUUAUGGACAAAAAUUUUUUUCAUAAAAACUUUCAUUUUUCAAUCAUUUAAGUAGUCAAAAUUUCAAAAAACCUCAAACCUAAAACUGAUAUUUAAAAUAAAAAUUAUAGUUUUCUUCCUGUCCUCAAAUUUUUACAUCGAAAAAUAUUUAAAACAAAAAAUACAGAAAAAAAUGUUUCGAUUAAAAAAAAUUUCGAAAAAAUCUAUUUGAAUAUUUGAUUCUAUUUUAAAUCCUAAAUAUAAUCAAAAAUAUAUAAGAAAUUGUUUUUUUUGUUUUAAUUAUUUUUUUUUUGUUUUUAAUUGUUUUUUUUUUUCUUAAAAUCUGUGUAUAUACGUAAGGUAAUUUUUUAACCAAUUUCCAAAAAAAGCAUCAUUAUAUGUGAUAUUUCAAAUCCAUAAUUUCCUUGUAAAUCAGCCAAUUACAUUAUUCCAAGUUCCUUUCAAUUCCUCAAUAUUUUUAUCAAAUUUACACAUAAAAAUUACUACACUGUUAAAUUAUUUUUAAUAAAAUUUAUGUGAUUCUAAAAUUACACUGUUAAAAAAACUCAGACUUAUUUUAUCAGUAUAUAGGAAAUCUGAUUUUACUUGAAUUAACCACAUCGAUUGCAUUUACUUUUACUUCAUUUACAAUAUCGAAACGAACAUAUUUAAUGCACACUUUUAUCAACCAUCUUACCGUAGCAGUUUUUUCAAUCCGUUUUGCUUCAAAACCAUUCUGGUCUCUAUCCCACUACUUAAGUCUUCUCAACCCAGCCAAAUCGUCAUGUUUAGAUAGUUAAUACCAUCUAGAAGCAAUCGUUCCUAAUCCUUCCCCGCACACGUCGUUAAUUCAGCUCCCGUUCCAACCCACUAGCUGUGGAACCUUCAGCUGUAACCACUCGGCCGACCAGAAUUAUUCCCGGCUCACGCUCCAAUCCAGAGAAAAUCUUACUCACUAAUGCCUCCUCCACCGAAAUUUGCUAUCACGCAUUCGGCUUGAAACACUGUCUUUAUCCUUCUCUUUUCUUCUUUUCCAGAUUUUGAGUUCAGGUAGUCUCAACCCUUUUCCUCUUUGAAGCUGAGGGUAGUGUUGCUCCAAAGUUUUGGUUGUUGAUUCCUAUGGUACAAGCCCUUGGCUGAGGUAGCGGCAUCCCGCUCCAGUGGGUCAUCUCUGCCUCCUGGUUGUCCCGGUUCCGGCAUGUUCUUUCUUUAAUCGUGAUGUAUUCUUACUCGAAAGUUGGAUGUUUCCUAAGUUCUUGUUCCCACUGUUUUUCUUUCUUCGUGGUGGUUCCUAGAGUAGCUAGGGAAGGAUUGGUCCACUUCAGCAAAGCUCUGCAUGCCGGAGUAAGGUCUGGACCUGGGGAAUUGUUCGAGACCGCAAUCAACCUGCUGCCAUUCAUCUGUCGCCACCAUGUCUUCCUAGUUGGAUUCGGGGAUUGUUGGAUCAAUCUGUGUUUAGGUGAUAUCAUCUAAUAGCAAAUGGUCUUCAUUUUGGUCCAUUUCUUUUCAAUUCCGAUCUACUUGAAGCCAAAUAGCAUUUAGAAUCCAGUUGCACUUUUUAUACCACUUGUAUUUCCUUUUGCGCUUCUUUCAGAUCUUUUUGAGUGUUUUGUAGUUCUUUAUUUCCUCUAGAUUCUAUAAAAAUGGAAUAUCGUAUUUGAAGGCAACUGGAAGUCAUCUUUUAUUAAUUAGUUAUUUAUUCUUUUUCCUUAUGAAGGACUUUUUGCUGGUUGCUCAGGACUUUCUUAAUGGAAGUUGAGUUUAUGUUAUAUCUUUUUAAUCAUAUGAUUAACCAGAAGAAUGAGACGUUGUGGGAAUAGUUGUACAUCGUUUGAAAUUAGAAUAAUUUUGUUUAAUCGAAUUUAUACCACAAAAAAACCGUCUGAAUAAUUCUAUAUGACCCGAUUGAAAAAACUGUUUUUGUAAAAUCGAUAUUUUGAGAUAAUUUCGAAAAUUUUCCACCUGUUUUGGUGUUGAACAAUAUUGUAUGUGAUUUAUUUAUAUGUUAUAAUAAAAAGUAUAUACUUGA